AUGAGUAUGAGUACCAAGAUCGCCAAAGCCUGUGACCCUUGUCGACUGCGCAAGAAACGAUUUGAUGGAGGUCAUCCUUGCCACCAUCCCGAGUGUCAGAAUUCACCGCAUAUUUGUGUAUACCAAACCAAGACCCGACACAGAAGAACAAAGCGAGACAUCAGCGCACCUGUAUCACAGCUGCCUCCACCAGGGUCUGGUCUAUCAGUUGGUGCGCUGUCCGCAAAUGCUAGUCCCGCAACUCAAUGGCCUGACCAUCUCAGCGCCGAGGAGUCCGAGCACGCAGUCAACACGAGGUCUACCACAGCGUCACUGAGACACAUUUGUCGCCCACUCCAACCGAUAGCUCGCAGCUCUUCUACGGACCUUCAUCAUAAUCAUGGCAGGCAUGAGGGAAACAAGACGCAAUCUGACGUUGACACUUUUAUGCAGAGGUCGAUAUUCUUCUGGAGGCCACCAAGGAUUAGCCCAGAGGCAAUCCGAUCCGACAGCAUCCAACUGUCAACCAUAUCAAGGGAAAUGGCGCAAGACUUCCUCCAAGGCUUCAAGAUCACAUCUCACUAUCGACUGCCAUUUUAUACGAUCGAAGAGCUCGACAGUUUGUUACAGAUGACAUACGACUCACGGUAUGCACAAAAUAUACCGCCGCAGACAAAAGCCAGCUUCCUAGCAAUAUUGGCCAUUGGCGCUCUAUCUACGCCACAGACAGAUCUCGCAGCAACCCUCUUUACCGAAGCCAGACGUGAAGCCGUCAUUCUGGAGGAUGCAGUGACAUUGCAGACUCUCCUGCUGUCCCUCUUGUUUGCCGACUACCAGGUCAAUAUUGGUCGCCCGACCUCGACUUACAUGCACCUUGGUAUGGCUUGUAGGAAGGCGCUUGCAUUAGGCCUGCAUAUUGGCGCCCUUUCUACCCGGUUGGAUAGCCUCACGUUACAAAAGCAUCAAACUACACUUUGGUCACUUUACUUCUAUGAAACAUACCAAGCUCGGACUCUAGGGCGACAAAGCAGUCCAAGAUGGAAGGACAUCACCUGCCCAUUUCCAACAGAGCCACUCCCCAUCAUCAGACUCUGCCGCAUCGCCAAGAUCAUGGAGGAUGCCGCAGAAGGUAUGUACGGAACAAGAGCAACUUUACUUCGGCAGCUGUACGCCACGGCAGAGGAGUUACGUGGUCGCCUUGGUCAGUUUGCACAGGAGUACGGGACUGCUUCCGCACAAUCGGGCACCGGCCAUGGCUUCCUUGAGACGUAG